AUGCUUCGCCGAGCAUGGCGUACCGCACCAGCGCAAAGGCAUAGUGUGUCGGUCACGUUGGGCUCGACGCGCUGGAUCGGUGGCUCAACCGCAGUAGCUGAAGAAGUGAGCGCGCAGGAGUACGCGGACCGGCGCAGGCGGUUCCUGGAGUGCCUCCCAGAUAAUUCCAUUGUUCUUCUUCCCGCCGCCGAUGAAUCGCUCUAUAGCCACGAUAUCCUGUGGCCGCAUCGUCAAGACUCCUUGUGGUAUCACCUGUUUGGCAUGCGCGUCCCGAUGCGGCAUCAGCUCGCCCCGCCUUCGUCGGCGAUCACCGAGGAUGUACGGGUCACCAUCGCGGCCUUUGCCAAGGGCAUGAAGGGCGCCCCCACGCAAACCCUCCUCUGUGUGCCGCCUGUGACGACGGACACAGCGACGCUGGUGUGGAGAUCUGAGGCGGUGCCGCUCAGCGAGUACAAAAGUCGUCUCUGCGCGGAUACUGAUGGUGGUAUGCUGUCGCCUUGCAGACACGAGAACGUGGUCACGACGAACGAAGUGGGCACCGUCUGCGCAGCGGUGCGCCGGCUUAUCACAGACAUGGCACAGCAGCAGGUAAAGGAAUGGGCAGAGCACAGCGACGUCGAGCUGUCAACGUUGCCGGGAGAAGGAGGAGGAGGAGGAGGAGAAGAAGGGGUGCAGGCAGGGAGGCUACUUGCGCUGGGCAUCCUGCCGAGAGUGUUCGCGGCGUAUCCGCAACAGCUACGCUGGGAUGGAAGAGGCUACCGCCUUCGCCAGCCAGCGGCAUCGAUGCUGCUCGCAAAAACGCGGGAUGUAGCCGACAGCACCUCUGUCUUUCACCAUCCACUUGAGGCGUUCUUCUCCACGCUGAGCGCGAUACCCUUUGUGGUGCACCUGCCACGUCCACUCCCUCUUGCAACAGCAGCAGCACUGGGGCAGCAGUCGGCCUGCAGCGUAGUCGCCUUCCGCUACUCGGCAGUUGGCGGUCAUACCCCUGGGCUCGUGCCCAGCACUGCGAACGCGCUACCUAAGCGAAGCCGCGUGCCCUGCACCCCACGAGGGCGUGAUUCUCCGGCUGCCGUCGCCAACGCAUCCGCAAGCGCUGAAAGCGAGCCGGGUUCCACGAUACAGCUCUGUCUGCCUGUUCGUCGCAGUGAUGCAUACGCGUGGCUGUACCGGCAGGUCAAAGACCGAUCACAGCUACGACAGCACCUUCGCAGUGCCCGCGCAACAGAGGAUGCUUUUCUGCAGCUCAUGCGCUGCGCCCCCGCGACACUGUCGGAGCACGUGCUGCAUUGUGCGUUUCAGCGUGCCGUGUGCGACAUAAGCGCGCACGCCGGGGCAGCUGCCCAGGUACGAUGCGCGUACAUUCCCGUCGUGGCAAGCGGCGUGCGCGGCAGCGAAAUCCACUUCACCGACAACGACGGUGUGGCCGCACCGGGUGACAUCGUGCGCGUGGACGCCGGUGUGGAGGUGGACGGCGUCCCCACGGACUGCACGCGAACACUUCCAAUAGGCAGCUCACGCUUUCCCUCCUCGUACGUGCCGCUGUACGAGGGAUUGCUCGAGAUUCAGCGCAAGCUGCUCCGGUGCAUGAGGCCUGGGGCUUCGGUCCGUGACAUGGCUCGAAUGCACAUCGACGAAACGCGGGCGUUGCUUUGCUUGCUUGGGGUCGAUGUGCGUCGUGCAGCACCCUCGUCAGCCGCGCACAACCCGUGCCCCCACGAGUCGGCUACUGCGACCUCGUCGCCGGAGCAGCAGGUACCGCUUGCCUUGGUGCGCUCCUGCUUCUGUGCUCACUUGUUCGGCCAUUUCUUUGGCCUCGACAUCCAUGAGGAGCUAAGUAGCGUCUCGCGGCCACUCCCAACGGCAGCGGCAAAGGAAGAGGCCGCGCAGCGGCAGCGACCGACUCCGCGCAUCCUGCAAGGAGGCAUGAUGCACACUGUUGAGCCUGGCGUCUACGUGCCGAGCGCACAACGAGCGGCCCUCUUCGGCCUCGAGAGGGCGCACUUGCCGAUCGCGUUUCACGGCGGCGUUGGCGUGCAAAUCGAAGACGACGUUCUCGUCUUGCCUUCCCCGAAUGACGAGGACGUCGAUGUUUGCAAAGGUGACGAGCCUCUGGUGCGCUGUCCAUGGAGCUGUGGGGACUACCUCCAGCACGCCCUCGCUGCUUUUCAUCGCUACCACGGCAGUGGAGACGCAGGGUUGAUGCCCUCCCUGCUGGUGUCUGUGUGCGACGCGCAUGUGUCCACAGUAUGGGGGGGAUGCAUGACUGCCGCUACGCAAAAUGUGUUGCGCUUCCUGUUUGCCCAGCGCGUGGCUAUGGAAGGGUUACCAAAGGCGAAGGCGUCCGUGGCAACGGACGUGUGCGCCAUACAGCAGCAGACGUUUGUGCCGAAUCCAGCAUACUCAAACGGACCACCGGUGCCGCAUGCGACAGUCUCUGACUGGUACCCGUACUCGAGCAUCGUCUUGACCGCCACUAUCCCGAAGGACAUUGCGCUUAUAGAAGCUGUCAUGCGGCAGUGA